AUGUCUGCCCACGUCAACAGCACCGCCAUCACCUUUGCCCUCGUUUGGGCUGAGAAGAAGCUCACCUUCGACUAUACGCCGAACUGGGUCCGCGGCCACCCGAGCAGCUACGUCGACAACGUCGUGUUCCCCAAGGUGCUCACCGACAAGAAGUACUCCUACCGCGUCCUCGUCUCCGGCAAGGACCUUGGGGUGCGCGAUGGGUACUCGGUCCAGAGCGAUGGGUCUCAGAAGGUGAACUUCCUGGAGUACAAUGCGGGACGGGGGAUCGCGGACUCGAACACGAUCCAGGUGUAUGCCGUUGACCCCGACGACGGGAACAACUACCUGGUCGCCCAGUGCAACUAA